AUGACGAGUAUAACACUAAGGCACUUAAAUGAUGAUUCUUCAUGGUUGAUUAUCUUUGACAAUUUCACAAUUUUACUCGAUCCAUGGUUCUUCGGUUCUCAAACAGACUAUUGUACAUGUUUUUCCUCUCAAGAGCAUGCAAGUCCAUCAUCUAUUCAGGACAUUCAACGUGAUCUUGCCAUGAACAUAGACGCAAUUGUCAUCUCUCAUGAGUUUACCGAUCACUGUCAUGAACAAACUCUUCGUUCCCUCUCGCCAACCAUUCCUAUCUUUGCCACGACUAACGCUGCGAAACAUGGUCAACUGGUGAACUUAACACUUCACAAUCUAACAAAUCAGCGAACACAAUCAAAUAUGCCCAAGACAAUCAGCGUUGGAUAUAUACCAGAGAGAAAAUUGUUUUCCUUACCAUCAUUGCACGGCGCAACGUGUUUGUCAUUUCUUGUCAAUGAUCAACAAUGGCAUAGUAUUUUGUAUAUCCCACAUGGAUGCGAGCAAAGUUCGAUACGUGAAUGGCUAAGUCAGCAAUCAAAUGUGAAGAUCUGCGUGCUUUUGCAAGGAUUUGAUCGAGUUUUUAAUCCGAUAUGGCUUGGAGGUUUACUUAAUUAUGGAUGCCGGCAAGCAGCGGAAUUAGCGGUUGCUAUUGGAGCAAAGUAUUGGAUAAAUACGCAUGAUGAAAAUAAAAUUGCGCGCGGUUUCGUUUCAAAAUUUCUCAAGCGAAACAAUCACACAAUCGAGAAUGCAAAAAUUGAACUCGAAAAAUAUCAAAAUCAAACAGAACGGACGAAACUUCAUAGUAUCGCCAAUGGAAAUUCUUUUGUCAUAGACUUAACCGAAUAA